CAAUUAUUUAGUAGCAUCCUGUAUGUGCAAUGUUUCGUAAAAUGUGUUGUAGAGCUGUUCUAGAAACAAAGCUCUUGUCCAUUAUUUUCAUUUUCUUUUUAUCGCUUGAAUCCUAUACAUCGAGUGAAAAGAUCUGCGACCAGGCAGUUAUGGAAAGAACGCAGCAAAAGUCAGGGUUUCACAGAGAUCUGAUUACCUACAUUGAAUGGGACAUUUUAAGCAGUUUUGGUGAGCAUUACAAUCUGCUGGAUUGUCAACUUUUGCUGGUUGAACAAUUUCCAAGUGGUAUUUACAUUGAUCCUGAUCAGGUCAAGAAUGAAGAGGAGUUUGGAGGCCCUGAGGUAUUAUUUAAAGAGAGUGUAAAUGUUGAAGCCCUGGCUCAUCACAGCUUUUCAAGUGAGAUGUUUGUAUUUCCAAGGAUAGCUGUUAACUCAAAAGUGAGUAUUAUAAGUGCAAACAUUACCAUUCCAAUUCAUCUACGAUACCAUGAGGCUGCUAGUAAUGCAAAAUUUGCUACAGUGUUACUUCCACCUCCAAAAGUCCUUGGAAGAUAUAAUAAUGGUAUGUAAAACUCUUAAGAUGCAAAGCUUUGUUGGACAAUUCUGUAUAAUUAAUUUAAUGAAUCUGUGCUUAUAUUCAAAUACGAAGGGAGGGUUUCUUUCAGGAAAUAAAGCAAUAGACAGGAUAAUACUUGGAUAGUAUAGAGAAAAAGAGGGGGAUUUUUCAUGUACCAAUAAAACAUGUUGCUAAAGAAUUCGGUGUAGUGGCCAGUCAAAGAAUCGUCAGAUGUCUGGUGCUUAACCCUUUAUAACUCCCAGGAUCUGAUUGUUAAUUCUCCCCUUUAGCUGCUACACAUUUCCUUGUAAA